AAUAACCAACUCAUAUUUCACACCCUUUUUAUCAACACUAGUCUUUGUCAUCAGGUCAAGUUCCUCGAUACAGAAGAUGGUUUUCCAGGAACCUUUUGCUCUUGAGCAGUUCAUGGACAAAUACGAAGGUGUCAUUGACUAUAAUUUGGGUGAAACUUGCUGCUAUUCGUUGUCUUUAAAUGAGUUGGAACAGCUUUCAAACAAAAAGUUUGAGACAAAUGAAUUGCUUGACAAGAGAAUGCAGUACACAUGGAUUAGAGGGUCAGAAAAGCUAAGGACUCUUAUUGCAGAUUUCUACAACGAAAAUGAUGACAUCACAAACAACAAAUUCACAAAAGAUGAUGUUGUGAUUACCAAUGGGGCAAUUGGAGCGAAUUUUUUAACACUAUACAGCUUAAUUGAUACAAAUGAUCAUGUAGUUGUUUUUAACCCAAUCUACCAACAGUUGAAUUCCCUUCCAAAGGUAUUUAAGGGUGAAGUGUCCGAAAUUAGGCUAUCAUUCAACUCAUCCACUAAAGCUUGGUACUCUAAGACAGAACUUCUUCAUGCCAUUAAGUGCAGCAUUAAAGAUAAUACCAAAUUGAUCAUUAUAAAUAAUCCAAAUAAUCCCACCGGUACAGUAUUUGAUAAUGACGUUUUAAAUUCAAUUAUUAACAUUGCCGAAACACAUGGGAUUUAUAUUUUAUCUGAUGAGGUUUACAGACCUUUGUUUUAUUCAAUACAAGAUUUUCACACCCCUCCUAGUUCAAUCGCUACACUUUACAACAAGGGUAUAUCAACCAGCUCAACCUCAAAGGUAUUUUCAUUUGCUGGAAUUCGACUAGGGUGGAUAAUAACAAAAAGCGCCCAGCUAAUUACUGACUGCUUAGCUAAACGGGAUUAUAAUAUGAUUUCGAUUUCUUUGGUGGAUGAUUUAAUUGCUUAGUAUGUUUUAGAAAAUGCACCAGUUAUUUUAAAAAGAAACAAAAAUUUAAUAAUGAAAAAUUUGGAAGUUGUAGAGCAAUUUGUGAAUCGAAAUUCCAAAUUAGUGUGUUGUGUUUCCCCUAGUGCUGGUACAACAUGUUUCAUCCAGGUUUUGCAUCCGGAAAUUGAUACACUUAAACUGGUAUAGUCAUUGGCGACUGAUUUCAAAGUGCUUGUUGUUCCUGGUGAUACUUUUGGUUAUCCUGGGUUUUUUCGAAUUGGUUUUGGAAAUAGCUUCAACGACGUUUCGAAAGGCUUAUCUAUUUUGGAGUCCGUUUUGAAUUCUUUUCUGCCUGAAACUGUGAAUAAUGAAAAGUAAAUGCAAAUUCCAUGGUUGUGGCCAUUUCUGUU